AAGGCCAAUGGGCCUAAUCGAGGUCCAAUUUCGACGAACACCUUUUCCCUCUCGCUCGCUCUCGCGAGGGGCGGCGCUUCAUCAUCCCCAAAGCCUCUCCACAUCUCUUUUGUCCUUAAACCCUAAUCCGAACCCACCAUCAAUGGCGGUGCUUAGAACCCUAACGACCGCUCGGAGCUCCUCCGCGUCCUCCCCGUCGCCGUCGUCUCAAUUCCUCUCCCUCUUCCUCCUCCUCCUCCGGUGCCGCCGCUUCUCCGCCUCCUCUCCGGCGGCGGCGGCGCCUCCUCCUACGCCGACGCCGUUCAUGGCACAGUACCUGGUGGAUCGCGUCGGAUUCCCCCCCGACAAGGCCCUCUACGCCGCGUCCCGCUUCCUCUCCGGCCUCUCCUCCCCGGCCCGACCCGACGCCGUCGUCUCCUUCCUCCGCGGGAGCGCCUCCCUCUCCCCUCCCCAGAUCCUCCGCUUCGUCCGCUGCCGCCCCUCCAUCCUCGCCGCCGACGUCCCCUCCAACCUCCUCCCCAAGCUCUCCCUCUUCCGCUCGCUCCUCCCCGGCGCCGGCGCCGGCGCCGGAGCCGCAGAAGCCCCCAGCGAGCUCGCGGCGCUCGUCACCGCGUGCGCCUCCGCCUUCGGCUACAGCGCCGCGCGCCUCGCCCGCUCCCUCGCCUUCCUCCGCGACCUCUAUGGCGGCGACGACUGCGGGGUCGUCUUCGCCCUCCGCCGCUGCCCCCGCCUCCUCUCCAACGACCCCGACCGCGUCCUCUCCCUCAACCUCGCCGCCGUCCGCGACCUCUACGGCGGCGGCCGCGACCCUCUGCCGCUCAUCAAGAGGGCCCCCGUCCUCCUCACCAGCUCCCCGGAGCGCAUCGCGCUCCUUUUCCGCGCCGCCGAGGAGGUGAUCGGGGUCGGCCCCGAAUCCGACUUGUUCCCUGACGCCAUCGGCGCCGUUGCCCCGUUAAGCCCCGAGGCCUUCUCCAACAGGGUCGGGAUGCUUCGAUCCUACGGCUUCGAAAACACCGAUCUUCAACUCCUGUCCCGGCACUCCCCAAUGACGUUUCGGCUUAAGGAUCACGACCUCAAAGCGAAGCUCGAUUUCUUCACUGGAACUGUCGGGUUCACCCCCAGAGACAUUCUAUCAAACAAUUGGCAGAUAAACUUCAGCCUGGAUGGGAGGCUAAGGCCGCGGUACAAUCUGGUGAGGGGGUUGCAAUCCAAAGGAUUGGUGCCUCAAGAUGUCAAUUUCACAAAAGUUUUCAUUAUGGCUGUGGAGAGAUUCAACCAGGAGUAUGUGCACAAGUUCGUGACGAGCGAGGGUUCUAACCUUGUUCGGUCUUACAUGAGUAGCCCAGCGUUUAGGAAGGAAAUGCCUGAGAACGGUUCUGGUUCUUCACACUCCGAGUAGCAAAAUUCGAUCUUUGAAGUAGAAUGUUUGUCUAUUUUGAAGUCUUAAUUAUUGGUAAUUUUCGAGAUUGUGCUUUCCAACUGCACAAGCAGGCUCCAUUUACAGUACGAAACUUUGAUUAGGAGAAGCCAAGGACUUGUAGCAUAAUGUGAGCCUUUACUGCAUAACCUCUCCAUUAAAAGAGGGAAGCUGCUACAGAUCGAAUUCUACUCGGACAACUUUAACUUGGUGAGGAUUCCUAGUCAAAAUGGCUUUUUAGUCGAGCUGGAGUUGAACUUUUAAAAAGGUGGUAGUAGAGUGAAGAAGGGGGCUUAGAACA